GGAUGACCGGAGUUCGCUUGAUGGUUUAUUCUCCUUAACGAGAUCGGCAAGGUAUUGUGGUUCAUUUGUGAAAAUCACUGUGUAAUGAGUACGACCUUCUGCCAGGUCAGCUCAUUCUGACUCCUUGUCCCCAACUAAUCUUCACGCACCCUCCCAUACCACCCUCCACAUGUGUCCGAAUCAUUCCCUGUGGGUUGAUGAUUGUUUUAAUAAGGGUGAAUGCAUAGUCGUCCAUUUGAUAUUACCACAAUCAAAACAGAUGGCUGUUCAACUGGCUGAAGGGGUGCCGUGCUCCAAAGAGGUUUAUUAAAGCUGGGGAUGAAGGUCACUUUGUUGUGAAGGCCAUCAUUGUCUUGAAAUUACCAGCUGAAUGACAAUCCCAUGAUGCUUAGGUGGGGCAUUGUAUCUUUAAUUAUUUUGUGUGGUGACAAAUGACAUCUUACUGUGGUGAAAACACAAUAGUUUAUACAAAUAAAGGCUACAUGUGCCCACAGGUUUGUUAUGGAUCCAAUUCAUGCCCAUUGCCGGCUGGCACACGCACGUGUACACGCUUCAACAUCGGUAUGAAUGUAACAGCGCCUCUUUAACCACGACCCCUCCCGACAUUGAAGAUGACAGAUCUUCAAGGCUGCGAAUGUGUUUUGUGUCUGCAAAGACAUGCCUGAACGAAGGCCCACUGAGGUCAAGGCGGAACGAAAACUGCUGAGCGGAAACUUUGAGCUGGGGCGCGAAUUUCGAUGUUUUCACCCGGAGCGGACACAGCCCACGCGGCAUGUGGCGACACGUGGAGUUAGUUGAGCUGUCAUCAACGUUAACGACAACAACAACAAGGCCGCUGUAGUCGUAACACUUCAUAUUCGAAUAGUGAGCGCAUGUGUAUACAAACACCUUGCGUUAAACGCACACCCGUGCCAUCAUGCCUGCCCUUGUCGACUGCCAUUGCCACAUGACUGCGGAGGAUUUUGAUGCCGACAUAGCAGAAGUAAUCGAGAAAGCAAAGAAGGCAGGGCUGGUGGCACUUGUGUCUGUUGCGGAGCACCAUGGAGAGUUUGCAAGGAUCUUGGAGUUGUCCGAACGGUUCCCUGGUUUUGUGUUGCCCUGCCUGGGCGUUCACCCGGUGCAGGGAUCUCCCUGCCAACCACGCAGCGCCACCCUGGAGGACCUGAUGUCUGCCGAGCCAGUGAUAGAGCAGCAGUGUGAGCGCUUGAUGGCUGUGGGAGAGGUGGGGCUGGACUUCAGCCCUCGUGUGGCCAAGACGGAGCAGGACAAGCAGGGCCAGAGGGAGGUGCUCUCUCGCCAGGUGGCGCUCGCCCUACGGCUCGACCUGCCCCUAAAUGUGCACUCGAGGUCCGCUGGUAGACCAACUAUUCAACUUCUCAAAGAGCAAGGAGCCCAGAAUGUGUUGCUGCAUGCCUUUGAUGGGAGGCCUUCUGUGGCAAUGGAGGGCAUUCAGGCUGGAUACUUCUUCUCCAUUCCGCCUUCCAUCGUCCGCAGUGAACAGAAGGAGAAACUCGUGAAGCAGUUGCCUCUGGAGUACCUGGUGCUGGAGACGGACUCCCCGGCCCUUGGGCCUGUCAAACAGACAAGAAAUGAACCCAGCAAUAUUGUGGUGUCCUGCGAGUACGUGGCGAGGGUAAAGGGUGUAUCGGUGGAGCAUGUGGCACAAGUCACCACUGCCAAUGCACUGAGGCUUUUUCCAAAACUUAUGCGUUACAUUAAGCUCUGUUAAUUACAAAACACCCCCCUCCCCAAAAAAAUACACACUGUGCAAAACAGCAGCCAACUUUUGUUAUUUCUUAGAGCGUGCUCUCAUUGUGUAUGUUUAUCCUCCUUUCUGUGACCACUGACAUUUCUUCGGCCACUGGCUAGUUGAGAAUAUCAAUUAAGUUGUUUUGGAAGCCUGAAGUCGGACAAUGUGAAGAACAUGGUCAUCCCAGUUAAACUGGGCUUCAGUAACGAUUGCUGCAUUACUUGUGCAUAUCAUUAGUGUGUUUGAAACAUUAACUUACAAAUACAUUGAGCGAUGUUUUGUACACAAUAUAUUUACAUGCUAUUUCGUGGCCAUCGGGUUGGUUACUCCAGAAUUAACGUGAGUAAUUAGCAGAGCAGAAUUUCCUUUGAAUGAGACUGGUGCAAACUGUAACGGUUACACAAUGUGAUUGACAUGUCUGUUAAUACUACAGCACGACCAUGUGCAAGCUUUUUUUGCACGUCAUUUUCACGUAAUACUGUAUUCAGUGCCAAUGAUGCGCUUGCAGAGUCCUUAUUUCUCCACCAGUGAGCGGGACCAUUUCACAAAUCAUGUUACAUGCAUUUAUUUUCAUCCCCUAUCAUUUAUCCACUGCAUAGUUAUGGUUCUGCAAUAUAACAAGCCACCUAGUGCCUGCACAUGAGCUGAUUUCAUCGCACCAUCCCUGUGGCGGAUGUAUAUUUGGUCCUUCCCUUCGUAGUUACAGCUAAGCUAUUGGCCAAAAUCCAUUCCAAUGAUGUGUGAUGUCCAGGCCCAUGUUUCCUAGCAGGCAACAUGAUUUAACAAUCCAUUUACUCUUUUAAGUGUGAGGAUCCACAGACAAGCAAGAAGGCAGGCACGCGAUGAGCCUGCACCAUACAAUUGCCCAAGCUGUUAUCGACCAAUUAAUGAGUGUUUACAUGUGGGAGGAAACCGGAGCACCCAGAGAACACCCACGCGCGUGAGGGGGAAACGCUCUAUCCCGUACAGACAGAAGAUGCAGAGUCCACAUGUUUUCUGAACUGCCUUCUGGCAAGCCAGGUUACGACGCCUUGAUCCACAAACCUUCGCCUUCAUGGCUCCGAUGAGCACGGUUGGCUACAUACGGUGCGAAAGAAGUUCAACAUACAUACAUACAUGGCUGGAUUAUAAGCAUGCACCACUACAGCCUGACAGUUCAACAACUGUUCUAAGUGUACAUCCUCUGGUGUAGUAUCCAAUUGUGUCGUCUGACAGAUUUGUAGACUAUGAAAAUGCAUUUGACUCGGUUAAAACUGACAGUCCUUCAGGCUGCGACAAAUCAAAGCAUAAAAUAAAUAAUGUCUUCAAAGCAUUUAAUAGCUGCACUGAGAUAGGAUACAGGAAGUAACAAAGUACACAUCAAAAGAGUAGUCACACGAGGAGUUGCUUUCGCCAAAGUAAUUUCGCAUUGACUUCAGAUUUUUUGGGGGGAAUAAUUGGGUUGUAGAAAAAGCUAAAAAUAUAAUUUGAUACAAAUAUUAACCAUCUUAUAUUUGCUGAUGACAUGAAAAUAACAGGACAUAUAAAUACGGCUGCAAAGUGGUACUUAAUAUGAGCAAAAUUUGUCCCGUGUGCACAUUAGCAUGUAUUUAUAUGAACAGGGUAUUCAUAAAACGAUGCUCUAGGUUUCAUUACAUGUGUUUCUUAAAAUAAUACACAAAUAACUUGAAAUCACCACUGAUAAAACAAUGAGUGGGAAUAUUUAUACAAAAUAACGCAAUGUGUGAGCUACCUCCAGUAUCUGCUGUCAGUUUUUUCACUAUAAACAUAAACUGCUCUGUGCUAUACGCCAACUUGUUCACUAUUUCCUGUGUCAACUUGUGUGUUCACUAUGAUUUGUGUCAUCAUCAAGAAACAGUCGUGAAUUAGGCAUAUAACACCAGAGCAACGUGUUUUUGGUGUUAGGAUUAACGCAGUUGGCCACGUACCUUCCAAAAGAAGGUAAGAUACGAAAAGCUGAUAGCGUAUGCUGGAGGCGCCCACUUUUCAUUAUUAAACACUCCCAAACUCCUUGUAUUUUGUAAGCUACGAUUUCCAAUUGUAUGUGUAUUAUUGUAGGAAUUACGUGUGAUGCAAUCUAGACCGUCUUUUUCGUCUUAAGACCAUGUAUGUACAUUCUAAAUACGCCUUUUGAUAAUCUCAAGUCGGUGUUCAUUUCAUGUGGCAUGUUUUAUUUAAUUACCUAACCUACAUGUUACAACGAAGCCCUUCGUGUCGACACGUAUGACUUGAUCGUGCAAGUCAGCCAACGUGUGUGUAUGUAUGUUGAACUUCUUUCUAUGUAUGUUGAACUUUUUUCGCACCGUACGUAGCCAAGCGUGCUAAUCGCAUGUGCGUGCUGCACAUCAAUUAAACACAUAAGGCGAUACCUUGACUUUGGUCCACUUGACUUUCGUCGCUUUCGUCUUUCGUCCGAUUUCAUCCCCCAAACCUACCACGACGUUCGCGCCACGCGCCGUCUUUUUCGUUCAGUCUUUGAAUGGAAGUCGUUCAGUGAGCGCCUCUUACAUUUGUGUUUAUUCACAUAUUAAUACUGCACUUAUUUCUGUGAUUAUACUGUAAACAAUUCAGUUAUUUUUUGUGAUAACCGUAUAAUACUACAGUGGUUCAUAGUUAUUUUCGUUAUUAUAAAACAAGUGCACAGUAUUCAUACUGUGCUUAUAUAACGCACGCAUGUGUUAUAUAGUUGCUGUAGUUAUUUGCAUGCACCUUUUUAGAUGUAUUUAUUUGCAUGUACGUUUUUCGGCGGUCAAAAUAAAUUUGCGAGCUAAGUAAAGGCUCUGCUUGACAUUC